GCGAGCGCCGCUGCUGCAGGGGGAGGAAGACGGGGAGGAGGAGCCGUGCGCCGCGGCGGCGGCCGCCAGGGGAACUGAGCGCCCGGCGCGGGGAGCGCGGGAGCGGAGCGGUAGCCCGAGCCGGGGCCGUGGGCCGAGCUGCUGAUUGGCCAACGGCUCCUUUCAACCCUGCCUCGUUGGUGGCCACUGGAGAAGCGCGGGGGGCUCCCCCAGACAGCCGUGGGGACAAGUUAGAGCCAGCACUUUACCCCGGGCCUUGCGUGUAGCUUCCCCUCCCCUACUCUCGGUGCCCUGGUGUCUGGAGGGAGGUUGUGGGGUGUGCCCGCCUUACAUGGUCCACCACCCGGGCAACCCUCUGGGCUUGUGUUCCAUCUCACUCUUGCCUCCUGCACUGUGGUCAAGGAGAACCACUUUGCAUCAUGUCCCGGUAUAGCUACCAGAGCCUCCUGGACUGGCUCUAUGGGGGCGUGGACCCCAGUUUUGCAGGCAAUGGGGGCCCCGACUGUGCUGCCUUCCUGUCUUGGCAGCAGCGGCUGCUGGAAAGUGUGGUGGUCCUGACCCUGGCCCUGUUGGAGAUCCUGGUGGCCCUGCGGCACAUCCUGAGGCAGACGAAGGAGGACGGUAGGGGUAGCCCUGGCAGCCAGCCAGAGCAGGUGACCCAGCGGCCAGAGGAAGGCAAGGAGAGCCUGAGCAAGAAUCUGCUCUUAGUAGCCCUGUGCCUGACCUUCGGGGUGGAGGUGGGCUUUAAGUUCGCCACCAAGACCGUCAUCUACCUGCUCAACCCCUGUCACCUGGUCACCAUGAUGCAUAUCUUUCUCCUGGCCUGCCCUCCAUGUCGGGGAGCUAUCGUCGUCUUCAAGCUACAGAUGCACAUGUUGAAUGGAGCUCUUCUGGCAUUGCUGUUUCCUGUGGUAAACACUCGGCUGCUCCCCUUUGAAUUGGAGAUUUACUACAUUCAGCAUGUUAUGCUCUACGUGGUACCCAUCUAUCUGCUUUGGAAAGGAGGUGCUUACACUCCAGAGCCCCUCAGCAGUUUCCGGUGGGCUCUUCUCUCAACUGGCCUCAUGUUCUUUUAUCACUUCAGCGUCUUGCAGAUCCUCGGCCUGGUCACCGAAGUGAAUUUGAACAACAUGCUGUGUCCGGCCAUCUCAGACCCAUUCUACGGCCCCUGGUAUCGCAUCUGGGCCUCGGGACACCAGACUCUCAUGACCAUGACCCACGGGAAGCUGGUCAUCCUGUUCUCAUACAUGGCUGGGCCCUUGUGUAAAUAUCUGCUGGAUUUGCUCCGGCUUCCAGCCAAGAAAAUAGACUGAAGCAUCCACCCAGGCCAGGCAAGCUUUCUGCUUCUUGACCAGAAGGGGACCCACUUUGUUGAGCUCUCUCUUGAGACAGAUGGUUCGUGGGACAUGAGAGGGAAGAGGCAGAGUAUACCUGCAUAAGGAAGCCCACUGUGCCAAAUGACAGGGAAGGAGUCAGACAAGCUAGGCCACCCAGCCCCAAUAGCUCUGGUUUCUUUCUUUCCCCAACAGCAGCCUGGCCAGACAACCCAGCCUGCUUCCCUGGGGAACUCCUAGGGCUAGUCAUUGCCAGAGGUGAAGUAAGCUGGCAGAAGUAGGGGUGGGGUGUGAAGCCCAACGUGUCCUGAACUCCCUGGGUUGAUGUGAGUGGCUGUCUGGCCCAUGCAGAAGAACACACUGAUUUCCCUACCUCCUCCAACAAGGUCGAAGAAGAGUCAGGUAGUAAGCCUUUCAAGGAAAAGCAGCACUUUGUCCUAGGGCACCCUGAGCCAUGGGCAUUUCACUGCAGUUAGGAAUUGCCACCAACAUCCCCUCAGUCCUGGCAGUCACUCAAAUUAAACUCUGCCCUUGUAACCUUUAGGCCAUCCUCUUCCAGAAGGGAAGAGGAGUGUCUGCAUAGUGAGAUCUAGGGAUACUUGGUCACAGGAAGCCGCUUUUGGACAUUUCUCCCCCAGAGAGCUUAGCAAGACAUGAUCAGCCUGGAUUACAGCUGCCCUCACGUAACUGGGUUAAAGUGUUGGCCUACUUAGGCCCCUCCUGCAGUGGCCUCCUUCAAAGCUGAUGAGGCCGAUUAGGGGGCUAUUUCUGAGAUCUCGUCAUGUACCCAGAAGCCUGAGGGCGGUCCUCCCCUGACUAGAAAGACAAUGACUAAGGCUGGACAGCCAAGGGCAGAGUGAGAUUUGCCCAUAGGAGAGCAUUGCCGUCAGAACUCAUGCAUUCUUGUAAGAGAACCAAAUAAUAUCAAGGCUGAGUCCCUGGAUUUUGAACUUCAAAAACCAAACCAACCAAUCAGUUUUCAGGGAUAGGCCUAGUCCUACACCUUUGCCAUCUUCAGAGCUAAAGAGAGAUAGCAGAUCGCCAAAAUAAAAUCUUCAAUUAUAGUUGUAGUCACUAGCCUCCACUCAGUAGGUUCUGUGCAUUUGAGAUUGUUAACUAACCUCUGAGCCUCAGUUUGCUCAUCUACAAAAUGGCAAUAAUGAUAGCAUCUACUUCAUAGGCUAUCGUGAGGAUUGAAAAGAAAAGGCACAUAAGGCACUUGGCACAGUACCUGGCAGCACAUUCGUUAGAUACCACCACUACCAUCACCACAACCAUUACCACCACCAUUGUCACCAUCAUCAUCCUCAUCAAGACAACAGUGAACGGGAAAAGCUCAGUCUCUGGAGCCUGACAAACUUGGUUUGAAUCCUGACUUUGCCACUUCAUAGUUAGGUGGCCUCAGAUAAGUGACAACUUCCUUGAACUUGAUUCUUAUUCUGUCAAAUGGGAAACUCAUAAGGCUAUUGAAAAGUGUAUAACAUGGUUCUCCACAGUAAGCACUCAAUAAAUGUUAGCUAUUAUAAUUAUUAAAAAGGAGUGGUCAAGGUCAGUGGUUGCCAGGUGUUAGGAGGAUACGGAGAUGAAUGGGCUAAUAAGCACAGAGGAUUUCUAGGGCAAUGAGACUACUAUUCUGUAUAAUACUAUAAUGGCGGAUACAUUUCAUUAUGUAGUUGUCAAAACUCAUAGAAUAUACAAUACCAAAAGUGAACCCUAAUGUAAACUUUGGACUUUGGAUGAUAAUGAUGUAUCACCGUAGGUUCAUCAGUUGUAACAAAUGUGCCACUCUGAUGCAGGAUGUUGAUAGUGGGGUAGGCUGUGUGUGUGGUGGGUAUAUAGGAAAUAUAGGGGAACCCUGUAUACAUUUUGCUCAAUUUUGCUGUGAACCUAAAACUUCUCUGAAAAAUAAAA